AUGAAAUGUGAAAAACAGCUAAUUUAUAUUCAAGAAAAGGAAGAAAUAAAUUACGAGUCAAGUGCGUUGUUUAGAGUCGAUGAUUUAGGAUUCUUUAUCUAUUGGAAAAGUGUCGGGAAUUAUGGAAGAGUGUUGGAGUUGUCACAUGUGAAUGACAUCCGAAGAGGCGGAAUUCCAAAAGAUUCCAAAUUUUUAACGGAGUUGAUGUCUAGAAACAAAUUCAACUUAGAUGAUGUAUCGUUGACCAUUUGUAGUGGAACUGAUAUGGUUAAUGUUAAUAAAACGCACGUCGUUUGUCCUGAUCCAGAUACUGCAAAGAACUGGCAGAGUGGUUUAAGAAAGAUUACGAACAAUAUCAAAGCAAAUAAUGUGUGUCCAGCAACUUGUCUUAAGAAACAUUGGAUGAAAUUGGGAUUCAUGGUAGAUCCGAAUGGGAAAAUACCAGUAAGAAGAAUUGCUCAAACUUUUGCUUCAGGAAAGACAGAAAAGUUGGUGUACCAGUGCAUGGCUGAUAUUGGAUUGCCGAGUGAUAAAAAUGACGUCAUUGAGCCUGCCGACUUUACUCUCGAUAAGUUCUACGAGAUAUAUUUUAAAGUUUGCCCAAGAAACGAUAUCGAAGAAUUGUUCCAAUCAAUAACUCAAGGAAAAGUUGAAACUAUAAACAUCGAACAAUUGGUGACUUUUUUGAAUGAUCGUCAAAGGGAUCCGCGGUUAAAUGAAAUAUUGUGCCCCAAAUAUACGGAAAAGCGAGCUACUGAGAUUUUGAGUGCGUACGAGAAUGAUGAACAGCUGGUUAAAGAAGGAAAAAUGAGUAAAGAUGGUUUCAUUCGCUACUUGAUGUCUGACGAAAAUGCUCCCGUAUUUGUGGACAGAUUAGACAUAUAUAUGGAGAUGGAUCAACCAUUGGCUCACUACUAUAUUAAUUCCUCGCAUAAUACGUAUCUCAUCGGUCGACAGUUUGGAGGAAAAUCCUCGGUGGAAAUAUAUAGGCAGGUCCUGCUGUCUGGCUGCAGAUGUGUGGAGUUGGACUGCUGGGAUGGCAAAGGAGACGAUGAAGAGCCUAUCAUCACCCAUGGAAAAGCCAUGUGCACAGACGUACUUUUCAAAGAUGUAAUUUAUGCCAUCAGAGAUUGCGCUUUCGUCACAUCUGAUUAUCCCGUAAUACUUUCGUUUGAAAACCAUUGUUGCAAGAAGCAACAAUAUAAACUUGCGAAAUACUGUGACGAUAUAUUUGGAGAUCUGCUGCUGAAGGAACCAAUACCAGGAUUUCCACUCGAGGCAGGUAAACCACUUCCAAGUCCAAAUGACUUAAAGAGAAAAAUCCUCAUAAAAAACAAGAGGCUCAAGCCAGAGGUUGAGAAAAAGGAACUGGAACUUUUCCUUCGUGGUCAAUUGGCAAAUGAUGAUGACGACGAUACUGAGACGGUACAAAAUGAAGUCACUGAUAAAAAAUGCCAGGAAGUGUCUGAAGAACAGGCUGCCAUGGCCAAUUACCAAUACACUGGGGCGACAACCCACGUCCAUCCAUACUUGUCAUCCAUGAUCAAUUACGCCCAGCCGGUGAAGUUCCAAGGAUUCGACGUUGCUGAAGAAAAAAAUAUUUACCACAAUAUGUCAUCGUUUGCAGAGACGGCAGCUUUGGGAUAUUUGAAGUCACAAGCAAUUGAAUUUGUGAAUUACAACAAAAGACAGAUGAGCCGCAUCUAUCCCAAAGGCACUCGAGCGGAUUCAAGCAACUACAUGCCUCAGAUUUUCUGGAAUGCUGGCUGUCAAAUGGUUGCGUUGAAUUUUCAAACAUCAGAUUUACCUAUGCAGUUGAAUCAAGGGAAGUUCGAAUACAAUGGUGGAUGCGGGUAUCUAUUGAAGCCUGAUUUUAUGCGACGUUCUGAUAAAACAUUUGAUCCGUUUGCUGAAUCUCCAGUGGAUGGCGUCAUUGCAGCUGAAUGCUCUGUACGAGUUAUAUCUGGACAAUUUUUGUCUGAUAAGAAGGUUGGAACGUACGUGGAAGUUGACAUGUAUGGACUGCCCACGGAUACCAUCCGCAAGGAAUUUAGAACAAGACUUGUGCCUGCAAACGGUUUGAAUCCGGUCUACAACGAGGAACCUUUCGUCUUCCGUAAAGUUGUUCUUCCUGAUUUGGCGGUAUUAAGAAUUGCAGUCUUUGACGAGAAUGGGAAAAUGUUGGGACAACGAAUUUUACCAUUGGAUGGCCUUCAAGCUGGCUAUCGUCAUGUAUCUUUAAGAACGGAUGGAAACUUCCCUUUAUCACUGGCUAUGCUCUUUAUCUGCAUUGAACUCAAAAUAUACAUCCCCGAUGGAUUGGGAGAUCUGAUGGAUGCUCUAUCCGAUCCAAGAGCUUUUCUUUCAGCACAGGAAAAAAGAGUUGCUCAGAUGAAAGCAAUGGGCAUUGAGGAGUCAGAUGUGCAAACAAGUGGUCUUCAUUUAGGAAGUGUAAAAGCAGGUCGUAAAGAUGACGAUAAAAAAGAGGAGUGCAAGUUAGACCCAAUAACACAAGAAAUCCUGAAAGAGGAAAAACCCUAUCAGAAACUAAAGAAAAAGCACGUCAAGGAAUUCAGUGCUUUGAUGAAGAAGCAGCAGAAAGAGAAAGGUGCAGUUCAAAAACAGCAAUGUAAUGCGAUUGAAAAGUACAUGAAAAGCAAUAAGCAUGUUGAAGUCAGAACCGAUGCCAAGCUUAAAGAUUUAGUGGUGAAUCAAAUUCAACAAUGGUCCAGUUUAAUCGAAAGACAUAAGAUGGAGGAAUGGGAGAUGCUGAAGACGCAUGCCAGCCAAGAAGGAGAACUUUUGGACAAGAUCAUGAAUCUGGCUCAGAUGAAACAGAUGAGACAGCUAGAUCAAAAAUUUGACAGUGAAAACAAAGAAAUGAAAACCAGGCAAGCUAAGAUUUCUGUUGAAACAGCGAAAGAAGUUGCAAGUGAUAGAACAUUGAAAACCAAAGCUGAUCGAGAAAGACGUUUAAAAGAGAAGAACCAAAAUAAUACUAAAAGGUUUAUAGAUGAAAGAAAAAAUGUGGCAAUGAAACAAAGAAAAGAAAGAGACAAGCUUUCCAAAGCACAUGAUAAACAACAUUCAGAGCUUACGAAGAAUACUGAAACUGAAGUUGGAAUUUAUACUAAUCAUGUAAUUGAAUACAAGUUAGCAGAACAGAAAGCAUUUUAUGUGUGACUGCUGAAGAUAUCUCAAUGGAGAAUCAUACAUUGCAUGGUAUGCUGAAAGUCUAUCAGCUCUCAAACAUUCCUGAGGAAACUUACACAGACUAUUUGCAAGACUGAUUGCGUUUCCAAUACCUGUGGAAGCAAAACAAUAGCAAAGUGAGCUCACAGAAGCAGAAAACCAGUACCAAGAACCAAGAGUGAAAAAGUAUAUUUAUAUAAAUUAGACAAGAAAUUUCAUUUUAAACAUGCAUAAAUAAUUCAAAGAAACUUAGUUUUGGAGCCAAUCUUUCAACAGCUUAUGAACUACUAGACAAUUGCUAAGAACAUAUUACAAAUAAAUAUGAUUAAAAGGUGGAGUUAAAUUACAUAAUAUUUGUACCAAUGUAAGGACUGUGUAUAAAAUAUUAGUAAUUGCACGCUAAACCAUAGACAACAAUGAAUUACUUCUGAUGUGAAGAAUAUUAAUUUUGAAACUUAUUGCACGUGUCAAACAUUUAAAGAC